UCGCACGUUGUUCUCCCCCCAUUCGUGACAUAAUUCCAGAACCCGCGUCACAGUUGCCUCUGUUUUCCACCUCUCCACGAAGUCCAAGUCCCCGAGGCAAAGUUUGCAUCCCAGCAGCCAGAAACCUGCACGUUGCUCGUCUUUUCGAAAGCUUCAUUCCAAUCUUCCCCACCUGAGGUAGAACUUAGCAAGUAGUUAACUCGGUUCCAGGCUGAGCAUGCCACAAUGCCUGAUGAAAAGAAAAAGGCCCCUGUAAAAAAAGCUGCUGCAUACAGCAAGCUAGAAGACGGCGCAAUAAUUAUGGGGAAAUUAAUGGGCAGAGGAUGGCCUGAAAUCUCCAACAACCUAGCCAAAGGCUUUGGCACCGAUCGCACGCCCGCGGCAAUUGGAGUCCAUUGGCAUCAAGUCAUUCUGCGUGAAUACCCUGAGGUGGCUUCCAGAUGUGGGGCAUCUCCCCCGGUCAAGCAGGAAAGCAAACAGACAACAAAGAAACCACGUAAAACUGGGAAGAGUGCCAAAGGCAAGAAAGAUGUACCAACAGAAACUGGCAGGAAUAACUCAGAAGCAUUCAAUAGUCAUGUGGACAUGGACACACAAGGUUCCCGAUUAACUGGUGAAAGCCAAAAUGAGGCCCCACCUCUCAAGGAAGAGAUGCACCAGGGGGCCGCUCAUGAAACAGACGCAACAACCAUCGAUUCCCGAAAUGGUCCUUCUGAGGACACGCACAACGACAACAUCAACGUCCACGAAUCAGACCACCAUCCUGCCGAACCCAUGAAUGGCGAGCAGCACAUCGCAACACCGUUCCAAGUGCAAGCGGUCGAUCCCGCUCCACACAUCAACAAUCACGGGAAGCGCGUCAGCCCGGCGAAUACAGCACCGAUCCGCCACAGCAAGCGCCAAGCAGCCAUAGCAGGCAAUCAGCGACGGCUUGAUAACCUGAAGCGCUUUGACGAGGCUGCUUUGCUUGUUGACGAUUCGUCUGAGUAUGAUGGGUGAUGGCGUUCAACACCGUCAUCAUGGCCCAAUGCGAAAACAUUCAUAGUUGCGUCGUGUACAUAGUCGAGGGGAGCUUUGAGCCCUCCGACCAAAGUAGCCGUUGCGAGGGGUAGCGUAAAUUCGUUCAUAGUCUGGGGGGCAAAAGGUAAAAGGGUCCUCGUUUUUCUCUGUAAAGCUCUUUUCGGUGGGAGUCCAUUUGAUACGCCACAACAGCGACCGGAUGCAAACGUCUCGAGCAUCUUAUGCAUGGCAGAU